UGUCCGUGUGCCCCCUCCCCACGGCCGUGCCCCCCCCGUGCCCCCCAGGACACCUUUGAGCGGGUGUUCGCGGUGCCGGGGCUGCGGGCGCUGCCCUGGUUCGUGCUGGCCGGGAACCACGACCACGCCGGGAACGUCACCGCGCAGCUGGCGUACAGCCACCGCUCCCCCCGCUGGCACUUCCCCCACUACUACUACAGCCUUCGCCUGCGGGUGCCGGGCACCAACGCCACGGCGCGCCUGCUGCUGCUGGACACGGUGCUGCUGUGCGGCGCCGCCGACGACUUCGGCGCCGGGGCCCCGCCGCGAGGCCCGGCGGACGAGGAGGCGGCGGCGGCGCAGUUGGCCUGGCUGCGGGCCCGCCUGGCCGCCGCUGGCCGCGACCGCUUCGUGCUGGUGGCCGGCCACUACCCGGUGUGGUCGGUGGCCGAGCACGGCCCCACCGCCUGCCUCCUGCGCCUGCUGCGCCCGCUGCUGCGGCGCCACCGCGUCACCGCCUACCUCUGCGGGCACGACCACAACCUGCAGGUCAGGGCACCCCCGGGAC